AUUAAAUAUGACUGUUGUUCUCUGAAUUUACCAGGGCAAAGAAGCUUGUAGUCUCGAAAAGAAGAGAAGGAAACUUCUGCUAGGGUUGUGCCUUUUCUCCAAAUUCAUCAGGUUGCCUGUGGGACAUGGCCAAAAAUCUGAUUUUCAUCACUCUUCUUUCCACCCUUGUUUUAAGGCUUGAAGGUGUGAAAGUGGUUGUUAAUGAAGGAUUUCAUGAAGGCCAGAUCACUAUUAACAAGUCCGAAGCCUUGUCUCUGAGUUGCAAAGUUGAGAACACAGAAGAAGAAGAAUGGCUGGAGUGGUACAGAGAAAAGGACAUGGUAUCAUUAAAUGCUAAUAACCAGAAGAACAGCAGCCGCUUGUGCGUGUACCCAGUCACCGAGUCUGACAACCAAGUCACCUUCACAUGCUGCCUCAAACGACACACAGAAAUCAAUGCUUCUGUUGUUCUCAAUGUACAAUUUGCCACAACACUGUCUGGAGAGGAAAAUGUCACUGGUGAAAGGGGCAGAGAAAUAUCCUUUAACUGUGACAUAUGGGCCAACCCUCAGGUAAAGGUGCAUUGGUUUAAAGAUGAAGAAAGCAUCGACCUUAUCACGGGCAGCUACCAGCUAUAUCAGGAUGGAAAACAGGCUAGGAUGACCAUCCCCAAAGUGAUGGACUCCCACAAGGCUUCAUAUAAGUGUUUGGCUAUAUCAGAGGUUCAUGGCAAUGCCACAAGGAUCUUUCACCUCACUGUAAAAGGAGACAAGACCUACACUAUCACCAUGGAGCCUAUUAUUGCUGCUGUGGUAGUUGUUGUCCUCACUCUCAUCCUAGGAAUAAUUUCCAGAAGAGAGCGGAUUAUGGCUAUGUUCUGCAAGUGCAACGAGGUGCCACUGAGUAACCAGUAG